CAGUGCGCAUGUAAAAUGUUUACCUAGCUGAUACGCCAUUUUAUGCAAGUGAAAAAUACAAAGAAAUAAUUAUUACAUGGAUCUAAUACAUUAAAUUACGAUCCAUUUACUACAACGCAGCAGCUACGAAAGCAGGUUACAAGAAGUAAAGACCAAUUACAGAAGGAAUGACAAAGUAUGCCUCGCAAACGUACUAAGAAAUUCAACAAAAAGGGAAUUGAACCUUCUGAUUUGGACAUUAACGUACAAAAAACGGAUAAAGAGGAAUGUUCUGAAAAUGAAGGUGCAACAGUUUCUGUAACUAAAGAAAGUCAGCAUUUAGGUCUUGCCACCGAAAGAAAAGAAUCCCGUGGUAACGAGACUGAAGAGCAUCAAAGUAUUGCUGUCGUUCAAAAUAUUAGAAGUAAAAAUACACAGAUUGGAAGUAAAAACGUCAUUCAUGACCAUGGAUAUGUUUCGUCAGAAGUACACAAAGAACACGAGUUACAAGGUGCAGCGAGUUUAAAUGUUGUUGACAAAACAGGCCUGACUCAAAAUAUUAUAGCAAGAAAUGUGAACAUACAACUACCCCAGUCUCAAGCAUCUGAAAAGGAAACAGAUUGCCUUCACUCGGGAAUACAAGAUUUCCUUAAAUAUGUCAAUAAUUUUGACAAAGGUCUGUAUAUACUAGUUGCUGACAGAACUACAGGUAUCAAUGAACUUGAUGUUUUCGCGCUAGUUGACUGGAUUGCAGUCAUAGAUUUUGAUAUAAACAGUAGAAUAUCUGGUCUUUUGUCAUAUGUGGAGGAGCCCCUUUCGAAACGACGAUCUUUGCAUAUUGUAAGUUGGCAGGAAGAAAAGUGCAUAUUUUCAGACACCUCUCUUUACUGGAUUGGCAUCAAAGGAUGCUCUGGGCAGCCCGACACAAUCACAAGUGACGAUUUUCAAACUUGGAAGCGUAAAAUUAAACAAGGGUUUAUGCAGCAGUUGAAACAGUUGAAAAAAUUUGGCGAUGAUUACACAAAUUUCACAGUAAUCGCCCUUUGGCCUCGUGAGUCCAGUAACUACAAGCAUAUACAAUUUGUAUUGAAUGAGAUCUCAGAUGCACUUUGUCCGAAAGAGAUUGUGAUUAUUGAUGAUGGAUCAAAGAAAUCUAAGGAAUCAGACUAUGUCCUGAAUAUAUUGACUGACGAUUUUUCGGCUGUUAAUAUUGAACUGACUGAUGUUUGCAAAUCAAUUGCUGCUGUUUGCAAACCAUUAGCCAAAGUUGGCUCUUCCAGUUUUCAGCUUCCAACGGCAGAUAAUUCUAAAGACCCUAAAAUAGAUGACCAGAAGGCUCAGUGGCUGAAAGAAGACCUUGAAGUACUUUAUCUGACCAACGAAACGGGUAUCAAAUAUGAUUUGUCUGGGCUAGAAGAAGAAGAAACUACGUUUUACAAAGGUGGAACGUUACCAUGGUCUUGGUGGUAUCAAGUUGGUCCAGGACGUGUGGAUAUCCAACGUGAUAUAGCGCACGAUUUAAUCGGUUAUAUCAAAACAAGGCACAUUUCUUUAUGUCGUUCCGGUUGUAUUACACUGUUUCAUUAUCCAGGAUCAGGAGGCACGACGUUGUCUCAGAGAGUAAUCUGGACAUUGAUGAGUGAUAUUCCGUGUGUCCAGAUGAAGCAUAGGGGAAGUUCUGCUAUUACUGACAUAGCAGAAAAGAUUGAAUUCCUCUUUGAUAAGACUCAUAUGCCUAUCUUUGUUCUUAUUGAUGGUGGAGAUGAACAAAAGGUAGACUCCCUCCAAGGAAUUUUAGGUGGACAUUGCUGUGUAAUUAUACUGUAUGUCAAGAGGAAUCACAUGCAGAUAGAUGGUUACAAGUCACACAAGCAAGGGGUUUUCUGGUUGAAAAGCACCGUCAGUACAUCAGAAGCCGAAAAUCUGAAACAUUUAUACAGCAAGCUUUGUACAACGGAGAGGCAACGGAGAAACUUGGAAGAUUUGUUAUCUAGUAGUAAAAGUCCCUCCCUUUUUGAUUUUGGGUUCGCCAUGUAUAGUUACAAAUACAGAGGCAUUGAGUCAUACGUGCAAGGUUAUCUGAAAUGGGAUAUGAAAGACGGGCAAAAGAAACAUGCAAGACAGAAGGCUUUAGCUUAUUUGUCUCUUGUAUAUUAUUACGGCCAGGCAUCACUUCCAAUUCAAUUCUUUGCACACCUUUUAGGAACAGAAAAUGCUUAUAAUGUAACAACUCUUGCUGACAUUCCAGGUGAUGUCAAAGAACUGAUGAUGCGAGAUGUGCAAGACCGUAGGAAGAAUGUUGUGAGAAUUGCACAUUACUAUAUUGCAAAAGAGAUUUUAGACCAAGUUUUGGUAUAUCCGAUGUCAAUUCAACGAGCAUUAGAACCUACACUGAGCCGUGAAAGCAAGAAACGAUUGGGCGGCUUUGCAGUUGAAUUCAUUGAGAAAGCAGGGAAGUUGAACAAAGAAGAAUCGUCGUCAGCGAUUUCAUACAUAAUGACACGCACCUUUGUCUUACGAGAUAAUAAAGCUGUAGGUGAAAACGAAACGCAGGUAACCAAAAAGCGACAGCGGUUUUCGCAAAUCCUUGAAGAUGCGUCUUCAUGUCCACCUUUUACAGAACGAUUUAACAUUUACCAGGCAUUGACAGACUCCUUUCCGUUAGAAGCACAAUUUCGAGCUCAUCUUGGAAGGUUAUUUACACACUGCCGUCCAGAUGAAACAGAAUUAGCCGAAAAAUGUUUUCAGCAAGCUUUAGAAAUAAGCAAAUCAGAAAUACUUCCGGAAAAUUUAUCCAAAGACUUCCCUUCAGAUGAUAUUCCAUUUAAUAAUAAACUGGACCUGAUGCACAUUUAUCAUAUGUAUGGGAAUAUGAUUUUGAAACAGAUUGCACAGUACACGGGAAAAUAUCUUGGUGACAGGGCAACGAUACGAACAGCAUCAAAUUUCGACGAAAUUGCAAAAAUGCUACUACCGAAAGUGAAGCAAGCUUGUGAAUUAUUUUCAAAGUGUAGAGAUAUAACCCCUAUUGGAUGCGAAGGAAGUUUCGGAUACAUUGGCGAAAUUCAAGUUCGUUUGAUGUUUUGUGAUUAUGUUCAUCGCAACAGCGGCUGUAGGGCUGGAAUUUGCAAGUUCAUAGAAACAAAUGAAGGAGAGUUAGUACAAUUUGUCAAUGAAUGUAUACCAAUAGUAGAUGACUUGUUCUUGUCUUGCUUCAGCAAUAUCGAACCGGAAAAGAUGGAUAGAACUGUGUCAAACUGUAUGCAAUGGUACUCUGCUCUAUUUAACCUGGAUCGUAAAUACACGGUUCGCCAACACGCGAAAGAUGCUAUGUCACGGCGAUUAGAAAUAGCAAAAGUAAAGAUGAAAUACUGUCAGCCAGACUCCUACGGUAUUCUGGAGCAUGUCAACGAUGUGAGCGAUGUUCAGUUUAUUGUAGAAGAACUUGAGAAGAACUUCAAAGACUAUGAAAAUAAAAGUUCAGAAAAUCUUCCAACAAAACGGGCCAUGGAUUUAGAUUACAGAGAAUGGCUUGUUGCUAUUCGGCACCCUCUUUAUAAAAAGGAGUAUGCGGUCGACCGAGUUCUUCAACAGGUACAACUUUGGCAUGACCUUUUACACACACCACAUUCCUUAUUUUAUCUUUUCGUAAUGAAAAGUCUCCAUGGAAUGGGAAAUUGUGAAUCACAAGGCGAUUCAACCGUUUUAUUUGACGCCCAGAUCACCAAAGAAGAAAUGCUGAAACGAUCCAAAUACGUUACAAAACCUCGAUAUCCAAGAGAAUGGCUUGGUAAACCAGAAAAUAAUAUACGUCAGCUCGUGUCCGGACUUAGAUUUUUCGGACAGGUAGAAGGCAGGGAUAUCAAGCUAGGAAUAGAUUUUGAUACACUUGAAGUUCAAAAAGGAACGAUAUGUGCACCGAAUGACAAGCCGGCGGGUGGUUUCAUUGAUCUAGAUUUGGGUCCAUAUAAUCGAGUCCCGUUGAAAGUUUUCUUCGUCCCCGUAAGAUCAGAGGGGAAUUUAAAGGGAUCGAGCUACAAGCAUUCGCGUGUUGAGUUUUUACUUGGUUUCAGUUUAUCGCAUGGAUAUGAAGCCUUCAAUGUAAGAUUGAUUGAUCAUCAAAUAUGUCAUAAGUGCAAGAAGAACGUUGAAAAGAGAUCUUGCGAUACAGAGGUUGAAUGCCCAAGAUGCUCAGUUCGUAUUCAAGUUGAUGGGGUCAAGAAGCAAGCGAAGCAAAGUCGUAACGGGGCAAACAAACUAUAAAUAAUUGUUAUAUAGGUAGCAAAUUAUGCGUAAGUGUUGCCUUAUUUAGAAAUCGCAAGUAACAACGUAAGAAAAAAUGUAGAUAUUUAUAGCAUGCAAUUUAAUGAAUCUGAAGUGGAGAAUUCCGUAAAUCUCUCAAACUGUUAAUGGAUAUUGAUAGUUACAUUUUAAGAUACCUCCUCACACAUGGCAAAGGACCAGAUAGCUGUAGACUAAACAAGUUAAAAUUUAAUCUAAUAUUUAUGUGCAUUGAUUAUGUACAAGAUGGUUUCGAUAAAUAUGUGAGUUGACUCAACAGCGUGUUUAAUCUUAUAUGCUUUAUAUUAAAAAUGGUUACGUUAUAAUUAAUAAUCCUUUCUGUUACAAACUGUACUUAUUAAAAUUGUAUGAAAUUAUGUAGUAAAGUAUUAGCGGUUUUGCUGUAACUCUGUGAUUCCAGCAGGUAUACAAAUUUUGAUUCAUACCUCAUGUUUUUAUUUCGAUGGAAAUGAGAUGUGAAAUCAAAAUUUGUAGUCCUGUUUGGCGCCAUAUAACCUGAUAUUGUGUUGGUGCGCCGUAAAACCCAAAUAAAAUAAAUAAAUCUCAUAACACUAGCAACGAUAUAUCGAACCAGGUGACGAUCCAGCACUUUAGAUACAAUAAUAUUAGUACCUGCAAUUUUAAUAUCAUCAUUAUUUUUCAAGAGAAACUAACGUUAAAAAGUCUUAUAUUUACAUACAUUCAGUUAAAUUUCCUUUAUACAUGGACAAAUGUUGAUAUGCAAAUUGAUUGUCCUAUUCUUUAAAAGUGUUUUUUUACUGGUUUUUCUAUAAGAAGUUAUUUAAACAAAUUUUACAUCAUGAAGAUAUUGCUGACAACAUGGCCCUGGAUACCCACCCAUUCAUCAAACAAAUGACGCAGAAACAAUGUAACAGUUUCCGAUUUGGUACAUCUAUAGCAGAUACGUUAUUGUUUAAAAUGAUGCAAAUUUAAUCUUCUACAAGUUGUGU